AUGAGACACGGCACCGGAGCGGUGCCACUGCUGCUCAACAUGUACCUGCCAGAUCCAGUCGGGGAAACUUUGUUCAAAGACGGGAAGAGCCAGGCGUGGGGGUCUCUCAGCCCCGGCGUGCAGAAAGGCAGCGGGCAGAUCCAGCUGUGGCAGUUCUUGCUGGAGCUGCUUUCGGACCGGGCCAACCUGAACUGCAUCGCCUGGGAAGGCACCAACGGGGAGUUCAAGCUGAUCGACCCCGACGAGGUGGCGCGGCGCUGGGGCGAGCGCAAGAGCAAGCCCAACAUGAAUUACGACAAGCUGAGCCGCGCGCUGCGCUACUACUACGACAAGAACAUCAUGACCAAGGUGCACGGCAAGCGCUACGCCUACAAGUUCGACUUCCACGGGCUGGCCCAGGUGUGCCAGCCGGCCACCCCCGACCACACCCUCUACAAAUUCCAGGGCAACCUGGCACCGCUGCCCUUCUCAGGCAUCUCCAAACUCAACCUCAUGACCUCGGGAGUGACGCCGGCCGGCUUCUCCUACUGGGCUGGCUCCAGCCCGUCCCUGUACCCGGGGCACGGGCUCCAGCCCUCAGCCUCGUUCAGCGCCAUGGCAGCCUCCCACCUCAACAACAUGAACAACCAUUACCAUUAGGGGCUCGGCUGUGCCACCUGGAUGCUCCGUGGCCCUGGCAGCGUGGGGCUGCGGAUUU